UGAAGCAAGAAAUAGCCUUCACUCUUCUUUACAGCAAUGAUAAUAUUUUGAUGAUUCAUUUAAGACAGAAUGGAUUUCUAUUUUUUAUUGUGACUAAUUUAUAUAAAUAAAAUGCAUUUGAAUAAUUCAGUGUUAUUUUGAUCAGCAGUCUUCUUAAAGGUCCUUCAAGCCAAAUUUUAAGAAUACUUAAUUGCAUAGUCUUAUUUUCUUUAAAAGAUUAACAGAGAAUAUUAGUUCAGCUGUAAUUUGAAUGUAUACAGAUUUUUGUUUUAAAUGUUUUCCUUAUACCAGUGAUUUUGCUUUUUGUUUUUAAAUUGUAAAGCAUAUCUUUAUUUUUCCAGUUCAGAAGUUCCUGUCUUGGUUGUAACUGAGACUAGAAGUUCCUGUCUUUUGGUUGUGAGACUGCCUUGUUUUUGGCUUUUCCUGUGCAUAAGAAACAUCUCACUGUUUUAGUCAUCUAAAUUUAUUUAAACACCUUUCAUUUAGAAAAAAUAAUUUCCAGUUUAUCUUUGUGUUGUUUGAAUACUGUUUUAAACAUUUAAGUAAAUUGCAUUUCUCUUCUUCUAAUAGUUAUUUUUUUUCUUUGUAGACUACUUUAAGAAAAAUGGCCCUGUCAGCUCAGCAGAUACCGAGAUGGUUCAACUCAGUUAAAUUGGGUAUCUUCAUUAAUGCUGCACAACUAACAAAAUGUUUUCCAAGACCAGGAAAAACAUUGUUGCAUGGCUUUUCUGUUCAGUCUCAGAUGUCCUCUAACAAUUACUUUCUCCAGUGGGGAUUUAAGACUUACAGAACUUCCUCCUUAUGGAAUACUUCCCAGUCUACCAACUUAAGUAGACAAGAGAAUAAUUCUACCCAAAGCACUCUGCUUCCUUCUGUGAAUGAACGGUUACAGAAGACUCAAAAGAUAUCUAACUUUGAUUCUGAGCUGUCUCUAGAAGAACUGGAUGAUUUGCCUCCACUGUCUCCAUUGCAGCCAAUUUCUGAGGAGGAGGCUGUUCAGAUUAUUGCAGGCCCUCCAUUGCCCCCAGUUUCCUUCACGCUUCGGGACUAUGUGGAUCAUUCUGAGACUCUGCGGAAGUUAGUGCUUCUAGACCCACCUAUGAAGACAGCUACUGGUAUCAAGAAUUUUUUUCAACCUGAAGACAGCUACUGGGUGGCGUACCUACAGUCAAAAAAUUUCAGUAAAACAGAUAUUGCACAGAUGGUCAGAAAUGCACCAUUUUUGCUGAGUUUUUCAGUGGAAAGACUGGAUAACAGAUUGGGAUUUUUUCAGAAAGAACUUGAACUUAGUGUGAAGAAGACUAGAGAGCUGGUAGUUCGUCUCCCAAGAUUACUCACUGGAAGUCUGGAACCCGUGAAAGAAAAUAUGAAGGUUUAUCGUCUUGAACUAGGUUUUAAACGUAAUGAAAUUCAACAUAUGAUCACCAGAAUCCCAAAGAUGUUAACUGCAAAUAAAAGGAAACUUACAGAGACUUUUGAUUAUGUGCACAAUGUGAUGAGCAUUCCCCACCACAUCAUUGUCAAGUUCCCACAGGUAUUUAAUACAAGGUUGUUUAAAAUCAAAGAAAGACACUUGUUUCUUACCUAUUUAGGAAGAGCACAGUAUGAUCCAGCAAAACCUAACUACAUCUCUUUAGACAAAUUAGUAUCUGUUCCUGAUGAGAUAUUUUGUGAAGACAUUGCCAAAGCGUCAGUACAGGACUUUGAGAAAUUCUUAAAAACUCUUUAAUUUUUGAUGAAUGUUAAAUGUAAUAUUGCAAAGUGAAUAUAUAUAUAUAUAUAUAUAUAUAUAUAUAUAUAU